AUGAAUGAAUUACCUCAUCAUAUUUUAUUGGAUGGCAAAGUGGAUUAUGAGUUGGAAGAAUUGAGUAGAAUUUUGCUUCAUCAUGAACAAUAUGAAACGUCCGAAAGUCGUAAUGGACAGGAUAAUCAUCGGGACAAGUUGAAAUGGUGGGAAGAAGCCAAGUUUUUGAAAGAACAAGGCUUUUGUUUUCCAGAAACAAAUUCAUUACAACUUGCCGAAUUGGAGGAGCUCAAGUUUGAAUGCGAGGAUGAGGUUCUUCCGAAAUAUUUGCUUCCCUUGUCUUCAUCCCGAAGAGAUUUGGAAAUUAUGUUAAAUCAAUUAAUGAAUUUGAUCGAGAAGGACCCAGUGAUGAGAGAGUGGCUUGUAGAAAAAAGUUUGCAGUUACUCAAAAUUAUGAGCAUCGAAUCAGAGGUCAAGCAUUUAUUGGCUUACUUUCCAAUAAUAUUGCAAAAUAUAUUUGAGCUCAAAGAUGGCGACUUAAGAGAAAAAUCUAAUGUAGAAAAUUCUGAAGAAACUGAAAUAAUCAUAGAUCCAAGAGUAGAGGAAAAUAUCAUGAAAUCAGUGCUGUUCUCAUUGAAGGAAAAGCUAGACCAAAAACAUGUUAUCAUUGAAUUGUGUUUUGCGUUUUUAUAUUUAAGAUCAAAGGAGUAUGAUAAGGCAGAAAUUUGUUUGAUUCAUGUCACAACUGAAGAAAGACUAGAAAAUGAUCUAAUUCUCAACUAUUUCAAAUUGCUUUUAGGUCAUGUUCUGAGAAUUAACUUUAAAUUGGAUGUCAGUGCAUAUUAUUUUAGAAAAAUUAUUAGUGAGAAACCAUUUCAAACGUUGUACAAUAUGCAUCUAUACUCAGCAAUCUAUUUAUGGCUUGGAGAGAUUAUGGAAUCCAUGGAUUAUGGUAUUUGGGCAGCUGAGUGUUAUUUAACAUGCUGUACUUACUUUCUUGAGCAUCCCAAUUUUAAUCACCCUUUUGUGACCAUUGGGUUUGUAUAUUUGAAAAUAGCAGAACUAUUCAUGAAUAGCAAUACCAAUAUUGAAUAUUGUAAAGUGUAUUAUCAUAGAGCAUACUUUGCGUUGGAACGACAAUAUUUGAGAAGAAACAAGACUUUUAUUGAGCUAUCGCCGUUCACCACUAAAUAUAAUAGAGCAUCCAUUGCCAUACGUUUGGGAUGCAUUUACUACUUAGAGAAACAAUUUAGCAAGUCCAUAGACCUCUUUACAGAAGCAGAGAAAUUAUUACUUACUUUACGAUUUGAAACGCGUGAUGAUUCAGAAAAAUCAAAUGAAGCUUCUGGAAAUGCUCCAACAUCUGUCUAUGCUAUUCUUCAAACUCUUCAUAGAAAAAUAGCCAUUAAUUUAUGUAGACUAGGCCAAUAUCAGAACGCUGCUCGCUAUGUUACGUAUCGACUGGUUUUUGAGACAUCACCACAAGGAACAGAAUUAGAUUAUCAAAAACAGUUAAAUUUAAUGCUGCAGGAAAAGGAGAGAGAAAAAAAAGAACGACAAUCUCAUGCAAAAGGAGUAAUUGCUCAGGAAAAUAUUGUUUGCUUUCUUGCAUUGUGUUUAAUUUCUUUUCACAAAGAACGAUAUGCAGAGGUGGCAAAGUAUUGUGAGUUAAUAUUUAAAACCAAUGAUCUGGACAAGGAAGUGAAACUACCGUUAUUGACCUUUCAAAAGUUGUUCUCGAUUGUUGUCAUGAUGAGAAGAUAUGAUUUAGCUCAAUUAGUUCUCUCCAAAUAUUUGCUUUCUAACAAAAGCUAUGCACUUGGAUUUUACGCUCUUUUUCUGCUAUCCAUUAAGAACAGAGACGAAAACGCAAUCAUUGGUAGUUGGAAGAAGUUUGAGGAAGCUUAUUAUGCUAGCACUGGUAGCAACACGAUUUUUGAACCUAUGAGAGAAUAUUGGCCUUUCAUGAUUUUGAAAAUUUUAAAUAUAAAGCUUCCUAUUAGCAGGUUGUAG